UUCCAAGUUCUGUAUACACUGGAGUCCCUUUCAGCAGCGUGAUCCAGAUGAGUAAAGAGCUCAUGGAGAACUGGGAAGAAACUAAACCUCACUAUACGCCACCUCCGAUGCUGAACCCGACACGUAGUGGAACGGGGCUCUUCUGCAAUCUAUUGUCUUCCCUAACUGUGGAAAACAGAGCUCUGUGGACAGACGAGAGGAAAGAUGAUGAUUCACAAAGGUUCAUAAAUAUAGGCCCAGAGUUCCAAGCUGAGCUGCCAGAUUUGAUAAUAGGAAGAGAGCCUGAGGUGUGUCCAGAGGAACCAGUCAGGGAGGAGAUGUUAUGGAAACCUUGGGCAGAGCUAGAGGAAAAUGACACCCUUUUACAGCACGUGGAGAAUCUUCUUGACCUGAGUGCCUCCAGUGUUCUACCAGGAGGUGGCGCCAAUCUGGAGCUUGCUCUUCAUAGCCUGUCUCAUUGCCAGGGAAACAUUUUAGCAGCACUGGAGAUGCUGUUGUUUAAAAACUCCCCUCCAUCAGAAAACUAUCACUAUUCUGGCAUGGACAUAUGGACUUUGAGUGAACAAAAGCUGUUCCAUAAAGCAUUUACAAUUUAUGGGAAAGACUUCUCCUUCAUACACAAAAUGGUGAGAACAAAGCAGGUGUCACAGUGUAUUGAAUUCUACUACAACUCCAAGAGGCUCUCAGAGAAACAAAACAAGCAGAGGGAGAGAGAAAAAGAAAGUCUGGAGGAAGAGAGAAUUGCAGCCAUCAUCAGUCAGCAGGUGACGCCAGCCACAAAGAUGAUGGUUAACCAAGCCAGCAUUGACAGACUGAUUCCUACCCCACCACUUCCCACAAACUUUCCCUGCAAACAGUGCGGAAAGAUGUUCUAUAAAAUCAAAAGUAGAAAUGCUCACAUGAAGAUCCAUCGGCAGCAGCAAGAGGACUGGAGGGAUAAACUACAGAUACACCCAAACCAUCACCACAACCUUAACCUGACCAGAGCACUGACUCAUCCAAACCAGCAAAUCCUAACCCCGAGCCACCAUCAGAAUCACAUCCUGACCCAAAGUCUGAUUCAGAAUCUGGUUCAGUCACAGACCCAGUUGGCUUUUCUUCAAAGCACAAAGACUACAUGCCCGGCAGGCAGUACCAGUUGCAUGGCUCCCACCCAGAAUCCACAGAAUGUGUCUAAAGCACCUCCGUUACCACUCCACACUGGACACCAGCAGACAUGGGGCUCCCUUCACAGUGUAGACACAGGAGGACUGUUCUAUAACAGAGGAUCCAUGGUAAAUGGGCUCCAUUUGAGCAUACAGGACAGUGUCAGUAAACCAUGGGCUGAUACCCAAUAACUGACAUACCAAAACUGACUUAAACAAUUUUUUUUAAACUUCAAUGCCAUAAGAACGUAAGAGAUGUAUUACUGCUUUCAAGAGUGUUUUUGAAGACUUUGCAAAUCGAAGAACCCACUGUAAUGUGACAAAAGGAUGCCAAGUUCUUGAAGGAACUGUUUUUA